AUGGAUUGUCGUAAAGAGCUGAAAACUCAAUGGGUCAAAAAGGAUACUAUGGCAAAAGAAGAGGUGAAGGAUAGGAGGAGUAAAGAAAAUGCAGAACCUGAAGCUGUGGAGCCUGCGGUCUUGAUUACUACUCAUUCUAAACAAGGUCAGGUUGCAGAUAUUAAUGCUAAGCUUUCAAGGCCAAGGCAAAAGAAGUUGAAUAAAUUUGAAGUGCUUCAAGAGCAAGUGAAUGGUAGCAAAGAAGAUGGUAGGAGGAGUUUAUGGGAAGGGUUACAAAGGUUAUCUCUCUUGGAUAAAGCGUGGAUCAUCUUAGGGGACUUCAAUGCCCAUUUCUCUGGUAUGGACAAAUCUGGAGGGAAACCUAUUUCAGCUUUGGAGUUGGUUGAUUCUCUCCGUUGGAUUGAGGAUACUCAUGUUGAGUCUCUUAAGAGUUUAGGUUCCUAUUUCACUUGGACUAAUAACCAAAAUGGAUUAGCUAGAAUCUAUUCUAAAAUUGACCAUGUUUUCAUGAAUGAGAAUUGGCUUGAUUUCUUUCCUCAUUCCACUGUUGUAUUUAGAUGGGAAGUUGUUUCAGAUCAUUGCUCUUGUGUUGUUAACAUCCUGCCUAUGGAGAAGUUGGGUUUGAAACUGUUCAGAUUCUACAAUUUUUGGGCAGAUCAUCUUGACUUCAAUGAGGUGGUUAUGAACAUUUGGAGGCUUCCUAUAAAGGCAACUGGUUUAAGGGCUAUCUACUUAAAGACUUUGAGGCUGAAGCAUAGAUUAAGAAGUUUUAACAGAGAAAAUAUUGGUGACAUUGGGUUUAACUAUCACAAGGCUAAGGAGAAUUACCAAGAAGCUCAAUUUCAAGCUCAAUCUCAUCCUUUUGACUAUAGUUUUCAGGAAGUUAUGAAGGAAGCUGCUGCAACUUUUUCGAAGCGUAGAGCUGAAAAUGGUAUUGAUUCCUAUAUCACGGAUCAAGGUAAUUUGGUAGAUAAUUUUCCUGAAGUUGUUUCUCACUUUGUUGAGCAUUUCAGAGGCUAUUUGGGGAGCCCGAGUUCUGCUAUUGGCAGGAUAAACUUUCAGUGUAUAGAGAUGGGAUCCAAGCUCUCAGUUGAUCAACAACUGAUGCUUUUAAAACCUUUUUCUCGUAAGGAAAUUCGUGAAGCUUUAUUUGGUAUUCCUAUCACUAAGUCCCCGGGACCUGAUGGUUUUGAUUCUGGCUUUUUCAAGGCAGUUUGGCAGGAUAUAGGGGAUGAAGUUUGCUCAGCCAUCAGUCAAUGCUUUGACACAGGGAGUCAAGAGAAGGGUUGGAAAGCAGAAAAACUCAGCCAUAGAGUCGCCGUCGCCGGAGAAGAAGACAAAACCGGCGAUAUUUCCGGCGAACCCAAUCUGGGUGUUUACUGA